CCGACAAGCGAGAUUCUACGAGAAAACCUGUUAUUUCAAGAUGGCGGCGUCAUUGCUUCGGACAAGUGCUGGUGCCCUCCGCCGAUCCAUGACUGUCCAGUCACUUAGAGCAGCCUCUGGUGGUGGUGGAGUUGUUGAUCACCAGAAGGGAAAAAUUGCUUCUGAUAAAGUUUCAAUGCCAGAUACCUUGGGACAUUCAGUUGGCCUGGAACGAUUUGAGCUGUUAGCUAAACUUGCAGGAAAUGAGGAUCCUUUCGAAAUGAAUGUGAAAAAGAGGGCAAAGGGAACAAAAGAUGAACCUACCUUAAUUCCUUCUAUGUACGAGAAGCGACUGGUUGGUUGUAUAUGCGAGGAGGAUGCAGUGAGCAUAAACUGGAUGUACUUACACAAGGGAGAACCCAAACGGUGUGAGUGUGGCUACUGGUUUAAGCUGUCGGAGCUUAAACACUAACAUUUCUGAAAAACUCAACGAGACAACUUUGUUCAGUUUGUUACAUCUACAUCUUAGGAAGACCAAGUGAUGCUUUUGGACUGAAUGUUGAGAACAAGACUUAGGUUGCUAAUGCUGUUCAUAUGUCCAGAAGAGCGAAAAUCACUUUUUCCAUUAGAAUUUACUUUGAUAUUUUUUCUUUUGUGUAAAAGAGUUUGCAACAAAAAAUGAAAAAUAAACAUUUGUUGGGUUAUUUGAA